UUCAAAUAUACAUAUAUGCAUAGGAUUUCCUUCUUGCCGUGGACAAGUCGGGAUAAACACAUUUAGCUGUGGGCAGGUCUCCCAGGAUGGUUAUGGGAACCAGAGCCAGUUCGCAGGGGUCUGAUCCUCUGGACCUGCCAGGCUGAGGCCCACACUGGCCACAAGGCCAGCCCCCCACCAGCCUCACCCACGUCGAGCCUGCACAGAGCCGGGCCGAAUCCGGGCUCCCGAAGGAGGAUCCUGCAUCUCGCCAGCAGAGGCUUGUCCUCUUAAGCCCUAAAAUACAACUCCUCACAUGAUCGGGUCAUGACUGUGGCGUCCCGGUGGGGCUCACAGCUCCCAGAGCACGGGCAGCACCAGCCCCUGUGUCCCAGCCACAGAGGCCAGCGGGGCACCCACACACCUGUCCUGGCACCUGUGCACCUGUCCUGGCAGAGGAUGGACGAGGGGGAGAGGAGGCCCCUGCUGUCCCAGGAUGCCAGGGAUCAGGAGCCAGCCCUCACCAGGAGCAGCCCGCUCACUCCAGUUCCCCCGGGGCCAGCGCCAUGGGAGGACCAGGCCCGGGGGGAAGGCCUGGGGGGAGUCCUGGCCCACUCUCUCCCCUGCCUCAAGGGCCUGAUCUUUCUGUCCAAUUUCCUCUUCUCUCUGCUCAGCCUGCUGGCCCUGGCUGUCGGGCUCUGGGGCCUGGCCGUUAAGGGAUCUCUGGGGACUAGUUGGGGGGGCCCCCUGCCUGCAGACCUGAUGCUGGGGCUGGUGCUGGGCGGGCUGGCGGUCAGCGUGGUGAGCUUGGCGGGCUGCCUGGGUGCCCUCUGUGAGAACGCCUUUCUGCUGCACUGCUUCUCUGGGGGCGUCCUCGCCUUUCUGGUGCUGGAGGCCAUGGCUGGGGCCCUGCUGGUGGCCCUCUGGGGCCGGCUGCAGGAUGGCCUGGAGCACGUCCUGCGUGCGGCCAUCACCCACUACCAGGACGACCCCGACCUGUGCUUCCUCAUCGACCAAGUCCAGCUGGGGCUGCAGUGCUGCGGGGCGGCCUCCUACCAGGACUGGCAGCGCAACCUGCACUUUAACUGCAGCUCCCCUGGAGUCCAGGCCUGCAGCCUUCCUGCCUCCUGCUGCAUCGACCCCUGGAAAGAUGGAGCCUCUGUCAACGACCAGUGUGGCUUCAGGGCGCUGGGCCUGGACGAGGACGCAGCCCAGAGAGUGGUGCACCUGCAGGGCUGUGGCCCCCCACUCCGCCAGUGGCUGCGCAGCCACGUCUGGACCGCGGGCAAAUAUGCCAUCGUGGUCGUGGUGGUCCAGGGGGCAGAGCUCCUGCUGGCCAUCCAGCUGGUGCGGGCCCUGGCUGUCCACAAGGGGGCAGCUGGGAGGGCGGGCCUGCCCUCUAGACCCCCAGGCCCGGUACCCCACCCUCUGCCAAAUGGGCCCCCAGUUGACUGGUGGAUGGGACGAAAGACCAGGACACUGGAACGGAGUCUGGGGCUGCAGGCCUCCUUGCCCCUCUCGGGGAAGGUGUCAGAGUAACCUGCCUGGGCACUUGGGGAUGCCCACCUUGGACCCCCAGGCCUCCUCCACCUGCCGGCCCCAGCUCCCCAGGGUCCCCUUUCCCCUGCACUGCCUGCUCACUUGCAAGCGCUGCUGGGGUCUGUUGUCCGAGUGUAAGCCCCCACCUGACGACUUCCUGGUCAGUGUUUGCCUUCCACACAGGGUGCCCGGCAAAGCCACCUGGCCAGCAAGGAGAGCUGGGGGCGAGGGGGACUGGGUGAGAUGCUGCCACCUGACCCCCACCGCAAUCCUCGCUUCCCACCCUCACCCCUGAUCACUUCCAGCCACCUCGGAGUCCCACUCACAAGCCCAGCCUCUGAGGCCCCAUGUCCUCACCACAGCCUGGCACCUGCCUUCGCCCGGGGCAGCUCCCCUCUCCUGUCCACGGUGGUGGUCCGGGGCGAGGCCCAGGCUUCUCCUUCUAGUGUUUGUGUGUGUGUGUUGGGGGGAGUGAGGUUUACUGAGACGUGUUACUCAUACAAUAAAUUGCACCAACCCGGAGCAGCA